AUGUUUUUCCUUUGGUCAGUGAUUAUUGGCCUUGCAACGGUCUCUUCAGCUCAUUAUUCAGAUGAGCUGGAUUGUACCGGGAUCAAUGGAAUCAAGCCUCAAUGUGAAUCGAAGGAGUCGUCCUACAAACGCGAUGUCUUCUGGGUUGGGGGGCGUUAUGUAAAUGCUGCCAUUGGAUUGUUGACAUAUGAUCAAAUGUAUGUUGAGAAAUUGACGCCUCAUAGGGGUAUCAAAAAGCCUUAUCCUUUGGUCUUAUUUCAUGGUGGAGGAGUGUCUGGCGCGACAUGGCUCAAUACACCUGACAAUCGUAAAGGAUUUGCAUCGAUGUUCUUGGAUCAUGGAUAUCAAGUAUACAUCGUCGAUCAGACAAGUGUAGGACGUGGAACUCAAGAAGAUUUAGUAGGGUAUCCUUUGAGAAUUGGAUCAACUGCAAAUAUUAGUGAGGUUGGUUUCACUGCCCCACAAAUCGCAAACUCCUACCCGCAAAGUCAACUGCAUACUCAAUGGCCCGGGACUGGACUUCGUGGAGAUCCUAUAUUUGAUGCUUUCGAAAGUGGAUUUAUGCCUUUGACCAACAACAACACUCGACAAGAAAUAUCCAUGCGCGCAGCUGGUUGUGAACUUCUUCAGCUCAUUGGUCCCUCAUUCCUGAUCUCUCAUUCUAUCGGCGCAAUUCAUCCAAUUGUGAUUUCAGAUGAAUGUCCAUAUUUGGUGCUUGGUAAUGUGAAUCUCGAACCAGGAAAUAUUCCCUUCGAAUCAUAUACCGGGAACCAAACAUCUUCUGUCGGAAGAACAGUUGCUCGUCCAUUUGGUUUGACCGUUGCCAAUCUCAAUUAUGAUCCUCCUAUUUCCAGUUCCACCGAGCUCAUUACCGAGACGGUUGGUGAAGACACCCCGGAGAGAAGAUCGUGCAUACAACAAAGUAGUACCGCCCAAAACUACACCAUCCAUACUCUCCCCAAUAUAGCCAAGGUCCCAUAUGUCGCAUUCACCGGUGAAGCCUCUCCUCACAUUACGUAUGAGCAUUGUGUAAUCAAUUAUCUCAACCAAGUUGGAGUAAAAGCCGAUUGGAUCAAGAUGGCUGAUGCCGGCGUUCAUGGCAAUGCUCAUUUCGGAUUUCUGGAGAAGAAUAAUGUCGAAUAUUUCAAGGUCGUUGAGAAGUGGAUCAAGAAGGCAUCGAGAGGAAUUGGUUCAUACAAUUCCUGA